UGGUACAUUAAGAGAUGUGUUGAGAGUUACUGUUUAGGUGAGAACCGGAGGCUGGAGAACUUUUUAGAUUCCUCCCUUGAUGUUCUCUAUGGAAACAUCCUGUCAGCUGUUGCUUCAUCAAUCCAGAGGGUCAAAGACAGAAAAGACAGAAAGGAUAAAAUCUCUCUCUGGCUGGAUGAAUUUUGCAGGGAACUGACAGAGCUGAUCAACUUGCCCAGAAGUGACCUGAAGGGCCUCGAGCAUCAGGAGAUCACAGACAUCGAGUUCCUGAACAAAGCCAUGGCAGAAGCACUGCCUGCCAUGAAAGACAAACUCAGGGAAGAAUUUGCUGAUGCUGAUCUGAGUUGUUUUGAAAGGAAGCCUCACACCAUCCUGGCAGAGCAGUUUUGGGGGUGCUGGGAGCAGUGUCCCUUUUGUGGGGCUGUCUGCACAAACACCAUUCGGGGACACGAUGGAGACCAUCAGGUUCUCUUCCAUCGACCA